GCCCCCUAGGGUUAGGGUUCCACGACGGGCGCUACUAUCUCUCUCCUCCAUCGAGGUAAAUCCAGGCGGCAGUGGAGGGGGAGAUCGCCAUGAGAUUUGCGCAUCACGGCAGCAAUGGAGGGGGAGACGCUGUCGGAUUCCAUCCGCAGGGAAAAGGGAGAAGCCUUUUGCGCGAGUUCUUGUGACGCCGGGGAAGGGAGGAGAGAGAGGGCAUGGGGUGAUCGUCCAGUCAUGCGGGGCAAGCAAGAACAGGAGGAGGAAGAACAGCGCCACGAGUGACGACAAUGGCGGGCUCCUUGUCAAUGUCCAAGACGGAGCAGAUCAUUGUCGAGUUUUUCGUCAAAUGCCUCCACAUCAUUCUCGAGGCCAGGAUCCCGUGCUCCUCCUCCAACUCCUCGUCGCAGCCAGGUAGGGAUUCGCCCUCUCCGGCCUCCUCCUCCUCCUCCUCCAAGGACCGCUGGUUUAAUCUGGUGCUUGGGGACUGCCCCGCGGCGCUGGAGAGCGCGGAGCCCUGGAGGAGGGGCCCCGGAGAUCAUCCUCCCAUGGUGGUGGACAUUCUGCUGGAUAGAUCUUCCGGGGAUCACAGGUUUCGUGGAGGAGGAGGGCCGGGGACUCCGGACUCGUGGAGCGAAGGGGAGGCCGAGGACUCUUACGGGACAGUGCUCGAGAGAUGGACGAUCAGCCACGAGCGGUUUAGCCAGCGACGCAGCGGGUCUAGCAGCAGCCACGCGCUAGAAGUUCCAGGGAUUUACAAGCGCGCCACCAUCCUCGUGAGGACGCUCUACUGCUCGGUCCGGACUCUCCCGGCCCAUCGCCUCUUCCACCUCGCCACCUCGUCGUCGCAGAGCCGGAGCUUCAGCCUGGGUUUCAAGGUCUGGGCGUCGCCGCCACCAUUGCUCCCGGAUGAAGCGGCCAUGGAAGUUCGCGGCUUUGCUCCAGUGGAGACCCCGAUGGGCCGGCUGGCCGUCUCGGUGGCGUACCGCCACACCACCGCCGUGACCGCGCUGGAGGUGACUCCCGCGAUUCUUCCCAGGAUCAUCGCGGACUACGUUGGCAGCCCCACGACGGAUCCUUUGCGGAGGCUGUCGGCGGACUCUUUCACGGGGUCGGUUCCUUGCGGUGGGAUUUCUGGAAGGCGGGGAGUUCACGUUGUCUCCGUGCCAACUUCCGUGCCGAGCCCGCCAUCCGGGAUUGGACGCCGCCACAGCUGGGGUGGCGGGCUCAACAAGCUCCAGUCGCCGACGCUUCUGCCACCUUCGUCACCAUCUUUCGGCAGCUCGCCUUCCUCUCGCCAGCACUCCCCGGUUGCUCCUCCGACUACCAGGACCAACCAUAGCCAGCCGAUUCCAAUCUACGAGCAGCAGCAGCAGAGGUCGAGGCUCUCUCCGCCGAAUCCCUCGCCGCCGGGGACGUGCCACUCGCUGGAGAGCAGCCUUGCCAGAUACUUGCCUAGGCACUCCACCGCGCCGGUUAGCAUCCCAAAGCCUUCGAGCGUCCGGGGCCUGCCCGACAGGAGUGCGCUUCCUCCGCCAACUCCGAGGAGGAGCUUCGAGCAGCCGCCCCAGCAUGUCUACGCGAGCUCUAAUCUCUCCGGUGCCCGAGGGGAUGUGCCCCCACGGCUGUCGGCGUCGACGCUCGCAGAAUCGAUGCUGCUGAUAUCUCCUCCUCAUCCAUACCAAUCGAGUCAGGGAGAUGAAGGGCCUCCCUCUGGUGUCAAGCGUUCCCUCUACGGCUCCCCUCGCGUCUCGCUGUCGAGGUCGUCCAUCAAACUCCGUGACGACACGGACGACGAGGAAUUCGCUUGUCCCUUCGCGGUGGACGAGGACGACGAGGAGCUCCAAAGCAGAAGUCCCCGGACUCGACAUACCAAUGUCUUCGAAGCCUCCGGACCAAAGUCGCAGCAUGCUGCGGUCGGCGCACUCGUGAGGCUUCUCAAAUCAGCCCCGCCACUGCAGGGGCGAUCGUGGUCGCUAGCAGGAGGAGAGGUGGACAUGGCAGCAGUGGCAUCGCCCGAGGCGACACACCAGGUGGUGCGAUCAAAGAGCCGUCCCAUUCCAGGAGCAGUGCAGCAGCACAGGUAUCAAGCAAGCGCGGCAGCGUAUCAAGCACCGCAUCAUGUUUAUCGACAGCAGCAGAUGACCAAGAGCCUCAAGACAACGAGCGAAGCGCUGGAGGAGCUGGAGGUGUACAAGGAUCUGCGCAAAUUCAUCCUGACCGAGCAAGGAAGUGUACAGGCAAGCAGACAAUGAAUUGUGUAUAUACAAAACAAGAAAAAAGUACCAAGUUUGGACAACAUUGAUUUUUAUUAUUAUUGAAAUUCGAUUGAUCCA